UGGGCUCGCAAUGCGCCGCCAGGGGACGCCCACGGCGUGAUGCCAGACGCCCGCGCACUUGCACCCCGAGCCAUGCGCGUCGUCGUGGUGCCGUGCCUCUCGGACAACUACGCAUACCUUCUGAUAGACGACGAGACCAAGCUGGCGGCCGCCGUCGACCCCGCGGAGGCGCACCUCGUGGUCGCGAAGGCGCGCAGCGAGGGCGUGAGGAUCGUGGCCGUGCUCACGACGCACUGCCACUCCGACCACGCCGGCGGCAACAGCGAGAUGCGGAGGCAGGUCCCGGACAUGAAAUCUACGGCGGUAGGUUGGACAGGGUGCAAGCGUGCACGCACCCACUGGACCACGGCGACCGCUUCUCGGUGGGCGGGAUCACUGUACAGGCCCUGCACACGCCAGGGCACACGAGGGGCUCCUUCUGCUACCAUUGUACCCUUCAAGAUCGGAAGCCCACGGGUACGGAGCCUCCUGAAGACGAGCCGCAGGAGAUUGCCGCAGGCGUGGUGUUUACCGGCGACACGCUCUUCGUUGCGGGCUGCGGGCGCACCUUCGACGGCACCCCCGAGGAGAUGCACAAUUCUAUAAUGAACGUCUUGGGGCGGCUUCAUGAGGACACGCAGGUGUACGUGGGUCACGAGUACACGAUCAAGAAUUUGCAGUUUGCGGUCACGGUGGAUACCGAGAACGAAAAUCUCAAGGACAUGUUGCAGUUUUGCAAGCAGCUGCGACUAGAGCGAAAGUUCACAGUGCCCUCGACGCUCAAGAACGAGAUGCUCAUCAACCCGUUCAUGCGCUCUGGCUGUGACGAGUUGCAGGCAGUUUGCCCCGGCUGCACGCCGGUGGAGGUUUUCGCGAAGCUUCGCAAAAUGAAGAACCGAUUCUGA